AGCGGAACGAGCUCAUUUCACUUUCAACAUGGCAGCCUCCAUAUGAUAAUAACUAAAAACUUUGCUCGAUUGAUUUUGUUGUCUAAUAAUUGGGGGAAAAUUCCAACAGUUGAUAAUGUUGAUUGAUGCUUAACAUCAAUUGAUGUAUUCCGUUAUAAAGAUAUUCUUCACCUGAAACUCCGAGGUCUGGCUGUGUGCUUCCGCUCCGAUCAAAAUCAAGACACAACUUUAAGUCAAGAGUAGUCGUGCAUGCCGUCUCCAUCGGCGACUGGAACGGAGUGGUCCCCGCGCUCUCCGAUGGAAAAAUCAUGUCUUUUAUAAGACUGGUGUCAGCAACUCGGUUACCACUGCAUCGAGUCACUCCCUCCUGGACUGCAGUAACUGACUGGGAUCAACGUCAAAGACAUAAUUACCAGUCAAUUAGACCAUGUCUGUGUUCCUACUCAAACUCAUCCCAUCCUGCCAAUGAUAAGCCCAAAAGUCGGAGAAGUAGGCAGCGAGAACAAGCGUUUCAAGUGAAGCUUGGCUAUGCGUUACUCAAGCAGGGUGGGGUCAACCUGCUGGGACGGGCCAAGAAGGGGGCCGAGAAGGGGGCCAAUGAAUUUGAAGAGACAAAGAAGAAAGUUCAAGAGCAGGUGGAAAAGAGCAAGAUCAAAGUCAAGGAACUAAGAGAGAACAUUUUCACCAUCCCAAACUUGCUGACGACAAUGCGGCUAGCCCUAUCUCCUUACAUUGGUUACCUAGUGGUCAAUGAACAGUAUCUCCUUGGAUCAUCUUUAUUUGUUCUAGCUGGUGUAUCAGAUUUGCUGGAUGGAUGGAUAGCGAGGAAUUUUGAAAACCAGCAGUCUGUAUUAGGUUCUAUCAUAGAUCCUCUGGCUGAUAAAUGUCUCAUCAGUAUUCUCACCAUUUCCUUGACCUACAGUGACCUUAUUCCAUUGCCCCUGACAGCUCUCAUUAUUCUGAGGGAUGUUGGUCUCAUGUCUGCUGCAUUCUACCUACGCUAUCAGUCCUUGCCUCAACCAAUCACAUUAAGAAGAUAUUUUGAUGUCACCCAUGCUACUGUACAGAUGAAGCCAACCUUUAUUAGUAAGGUGAAUACUGCAGUUCAGUUAUCUCUUGUUGGAUUCACCCUCAUUGCUCCAGUCUUCAGCUUCAUAGAUCAUCCAUUCCUACAUGGAUUAUGGUAUGUGACAGCAUCUACUACAGUAUUAUCUGGUCUUAGUUAUUGCUUCUCGCGUGAUGUCUUCAAAUACUUGAACAGGAAUAGAUAAUGGAACAUAUGUUUGCACGCUACACACCUUGGAUUAAAGAAAUCAGAGACAAAGAGAAAGAAGGCAAUAUUAGCCUUUACAGUACUCGGUUACUCACUUUUGGAGCAGAAUCAAUAUUAAUCAAACCAGUAUGGAGACCUCAUUACAUGUACGCAGAUGUUUGUAUUCGUGAACGCUUCAGAAGUUUUUUUGAGAUGAUAUUAAUAAUGAUUUUGCUGUUAUGAAUAGAAGACCAAACCAGCUCAAUGCCUAAUGUCUGGUAUAUACAGCAUCUGUGCGAGUCUCCAUAAUUUUAAAGGAAGAUUCUUCAAGAGAAAUAAACUAGUAAAGAUUAUUUGUGAUGUCUGAGAACCUUUGUCAGUCAGUCGGUCAUUUGCAUUGUACAGUAAUAUUAGAGAUGUGACCUCUUACUGAUUCAGUGGCAUCAAGCAAAUUUAAACAUUCUAUGGAUAUUCUCUUUUUGCUUACCGGUAGCUUUAUUUUGAAUUAUGUCCAAUCUUACAUUUCACUUAGGAAUAAUUCACUCAAGACAAUAUUUCUCCAAUGUGAUUUUGCGAAUGAUAUUACAAGAACUGCUGAGGAUUUAUGUAAUUGUGACUGUGCAACUUAGGGGUCAAGUAACAUACUGCAAUAGUAUGAUAGAGUGUAAUCUAUCCAUUUGGCACUUUCAAAUCUUUGAGUUGGUUGUUUUCUGAAUGCUUGUUUCUCUAUUUUACUCAUCAAUAUGACUGCAAAGAGAAGGUUAAUUUAUUACAUGAAUAAUUUAAAAUGUAUCCUUUUUUUCCAUCCAUUAUAGUUUUGAAUACAAGAGCCCUACUCUUUGAAAUGGUUUUCUAUUCCCCACCAAUUUAAAUGGUAUUUUUCAUUCAAAAUUUGUAAUUUGGAUAAUAAGAUAAUUAAAGACGUUAUUUUUUCAGGUAUAUAUUCUUACAAGCCAAAAAAUAGAAAAUAAGAUACUAUCCUUUAACAAGAUAUAGUUUGAUUGGUUAACACGCACCAAAAUAAGGACCAAGAACAAUUUUUAAAUAUUAUGCAUGUAUAUAAAGUACUUAACAGUUUCUGCUUUGUGAACUAAACUUGUAAGCUUUCUCUACAAACCAUUUUCUGACCUUGUACAGACUUGCUACUAGUAAUGAUAACAGUAUGCAUUUUUAUAGCAAUGGGACAUGAGUAGAUAUUCAGAGAUCAUUAGGGGGUUGUUUAGUCAAGUAUGAAUGCUUAUUUUAUGUUAGUCCCAUGUUAUAGCUGAAUUGUGGGUUAAAGUUUGUUGGAUCUCACAACCAGUUUAAGCAGAAUGAAAAGAUAGAACUACAUGUCAUUUCUGUAGGGAAGCCAAUAAAUAUAUUUUCAUACUGAAAUACCUAUUGCAAAUAAACUUAACCAAGACACUCUUGUUAUAGGUUUGGAGUCACCUACUUGUAAUGUGAUACAAGUUUGCUCACUACAAUAGAUAACAACAUUGGUCAUGGGGCCUAUGUAUAUAAGCUUAAAAUUUAUGAAUUAAUUGUCUUUUUAAGUUAGCUCAAAUCUGUGAAGAGGUAAGCUUUGUUUGUUUGUUUUUGUGCCAACAAAAUGUAUGCAAGUAUUGCAUGAUUUUCUUUUUAAAAAUGUUUUGAUAAUUUUCUGAUAAGUAAGUUAUUAAUAUUUUAGCUUUCUUUUUAAAAGCUGAAGCUUUAUUGUAUAUGUUCCUUACAUGAUAGAGGAAAGGAAGAGAUGGGAGACACAGAGAGUGUACUAAAUGAAUGAGGUAUCAUUUAAAAUAUUCAGCACGUCUCAAUUUUUGCAAUUAAAGUGUACAUGUAUGACUAUUUGAUAUAUUUUUGAUGAUAUUGAUUAUGAACAAAAUUUAUGAAUAAAUGCCACACAAAUGUGUAUCAUAAAAUGUUCAA